AUGGAUGCCUUGUACAAUCAUUAUAUGCCUGCUUGCUUUAUGCUCUUUAUCUGCUUCCUCUCUAUAGCUUUAUUUCUUAAAAAAACUAGUCAAGCCAUUGAUUACUGGCUUUUCCUUGGAUCCUUGCCAUCAGUUGUAAUGAACUCCAACCGCAUACCUGAUUGGCUCACUGAGGUAUUUACUUCACUUGCUAGAGGUUCAUUCUUCAUUGAUGGACCUAUCUUCUCAAAUCUCAAAUACUUUGUCACUUGUCACCCCAAAAACAUUGAAUACAUUCUCAAGACCAAUUUCAACAAUUUUCCUAAAGGUCCAGAUUUCAAGCAAGUUUUCUCUCCACUUGGUGAUGGAAUCUUUAACGCUGAUUCUGAAAGCUGGAGAGUACAAAGAAGAAUGGCUCACACAGCGUUUAUAUCUGGAGAGUUCAAGAAUCUUAUUUCUAGCAUUAGCCGUCAAGUUGUACAAGAUCAACUAGUUCCGUUAUUAGUUCAUGUAGCUAAAACCGGAUCCACCAUUGAUUUACAAGAAGUGUGUUCAAGAUUUGCGUUUGAUGUCAACAUGAAUGCCAUAUUUGGAUUGCAUGAAAAUUACCUUUCUAUUGAACUUCCUUCCGAUGAUUUGGCUGAAGCUAUUGGAGAUGCACAAGAAGCUGGAGUAAAAACCUUUGAUCUCUUGUCGUCAUACGUAAAUGAAGAGCUUAAGAGAACUAAUAUUCCUUCGCUGCCACUUAAAAAUGACGACAAAUUCCUCAGAGAUUCAAUGCUUAGUCUGUUUAUAGCUGGAAAGGACACAAUUGGAUCAGGUCUCAUUUGGUUCUUUUGGCUGGUCUCGAAAACACCUCGUGUUGAGAAAAAGAUCUUGGAAGAAUUGAAAGUGUUAUUGUCCUCAAAAAUGGGGCAACUGUCAGAGUACCAUGGGUGGCCAUGGGUUUUUCAUUCAGAUGACACAAAUGGGUUGGUUUAUUUGCACGCAGCAUUAUGCGAAUCGCUGAGAUUAUACCCACCAGUUCCGGUUAAUAGCAAGACGGUGUUAAAUGAAGUUGUGCUCCCAGAUGGGAGUUUAAUAAAACCAGGGACGCAGGUAUUAAUUCCAUUCUAUUCUGUUGGACGAAUGCCAUGGAUCUGGGGAGAGGAUUGUCUGGAAUUUAAGCCGGAAAGAUGGAUAGAUGGUGAUGGGAAGUUAACCCGACAUGAAAAUGCGGCCAAGUUCUUUACAUUCAAUAUAGGACUAAGGACUUGUUUAGUUAAGGAUAUGUCACUUACACAACUAAAGGCUGUCGCUGCUGCUGUUCUUCUCAACUUUCAUGUUGAAGUAUUGGAAGGCCAGCAUGUCCGCCCUAAACCAGCUAUUACUCUUCAUAUGGACAAGGAAUUGAAAGCCAAAAUUCACAAGAGAGUUAUUUGCAUAUGUUCCUCGACACACGCCAUGUCGAAAUGUAUAUCAAAAAUAGAGCUUGAUUGGUAA